AAUGAGAUAAAGUAUGUUAUCACAAAACAAACAAAUCUGCUGCUUGUAUGUGUUAGAAUUGGGCGAGGGCUUGUCUUAUCUAAUUUACACACACACACGGACACGUCCAUAAUAAACAAAACGGAUGAUAACGUUCUUGUCAAAUACUAAAACUACUAACUUAUUAAUGUUUCUUGUGUUUUGUGAUUAUUACACAUAUUUCAGCAAGACAUCAAUAAGAUAACUUUGAAAGUUGUAUUGAAGUCUCAGGUGUAUGGGCCAACAUUUAUUGUAUCUCUUAAAACAUUUACAUUCUAAUGGAUUUGAGAAAAGCGCUUGUUCAAUCCAGGAAACAGCCAGCGCAACAAGUUGAAACACUAUGGGAAAACAUUUACCAGCACAAUGUGAAGGUAGAAGCUUUAAUGUCCAUUCUGGCAUUCUAUCUACACCACAGAGUGUAUCCUCCACCGGUUCAGAAGGCGUUGGACAGUUUGUUGAUGUGCCUGACUGACAGUCGGACAACGAGGAGGCUCCGGACUCUACUCUCCCGGACCCUGGAGGAGAUGUGUGCGUGGCUUGGUCCUGACUGUAUUCUGGACACUGUGCAACUCUCUGCUAGCCCCAGCGUGGUGGCGGACCUGCUGCCUUGUCUCCUCAUCAACCCCGACACUCCCCGCCCCCAGGCUGCCUUUUAUGAAAGGCUGAUCAGUGGUCUCACCAGUCCUGGGCUGUCUCAGGAAGACCGGUGUAAGGUGUUAGGGUACCUCUCAGCUACAGUGCCGGCCGAGUUGAUGCCAAUGUUGACCAAACAUCUGGUCUCAUGGCUCUCCUACUCUCGCUCUUCGCAGACCAACUCUCUGUUUAGGUCAGCUGACGUUACUGAUAUUGACGGAUCCCCAGCCACAGGCUUGUGUACAGCAUUAACUCUAGUUACGACAGUGACCGACAUACACAUGCUGAGCGUUGUCACGUUCUCCAACAUACGCCAGUACCUGCGGCGUGCACCUGCUGAUAGCAGCUUGGUGUCAGCAGUGUUCAGCUACUGCAGCACUCUGCUGGCUCAGGCUACCAAGAAACCCAGCACUCAGCACGACAAACAGCUCGUAGCCGUGGUGCUCGAAGAGGUACUGUUGACGAUGAAGGCAGUUAAAGAAGCAGACAACAGCUGUCGAGGGAGAUGUCAACUGAUGGUUGGUAACGUCCUACACCUGGCUGACCAGCUGAGGCUGACUCCUCUUCUGAUAUCGGUCUGGCAGUACCACCUGGUAGAUGGAGGUGACAGCCCACUCACAGAGAGGGUGCUGGGUGCAGUGAUCAAAGCAGAGUUCAGCCAAGGCCUGGUGAGCCAGAGAGUGGCGACCGUGGUUGUGGCUCAUGGCUCGCAGUUGGCUGAGAGUUUGGCUCGAUACUGCCCUAGUCUUCUCAAGCUGGUAGCCACCCAUCCAUCGGGACUAGUGGAGGAGUUCCUAGACCUCAUGCCGUACCUCACUGUCAACACUGAGCUCACAGCUGAGGUACUUCACUGCCUGCUGGAUCUACCCCUGCUGUCAGCUACUAUCUGUGUGAGCCAGACUAGUCUGCUGGUCCAGGCAGGGUUCAAGGUGACCUCACUGAUGUCGGUGAAGCAGCAGAUAGAUGGCACAGCUGAUCUCAAGGUUGUCUACAAGCAUUUUAUGAGAUCCAAGGCUCAGGCGGGGGAGACUGAUGCUCUGGUCAAACUGUACCCUGCCUACUGGUCGGCCCUAAAGCCUGUGUUGUCCCAGGGGCUGGUGGAGGUCUGCAGUCAGGUUGCCCCGUUGUUGUUGUCAGCAUUCCUGGACUCUGUCAGAGACUGCAACGAAGCGAAUAACUCCCUCAUGCCUGCCAUCUUCGCCAGACUCCCCCUACUGUGUCCCUUGCCUUCGUACCAGAAGGCUGUUUUUGAUCUGCUGUCUCAGUAUGUGACGACUGUGUGGAGUCAGCAACCAGAGCUGUUGGGAAAUCCUUGUGUGGCCCAGUUCCUCUCGGUCACAAGCAACAUCCAACUCUGCCCUCAACUGUUCAACACCAUUGUCUCAGCUGUCGGUAACAACUUGCAAAAAGAGCAACAUAUUGAAAAUAUGUUUGAAACAUUGGAGGCUCUACUUAGGGAAAUGUUGGUGGACAAAAGUUGGCAGAACUUGGAGCUGGUGACCACUGUGUGUACAGCCAUGGCUAAGUUGGUAGGUCGGCAUCCGAGUCUGUCCCACAGAGCGACUGCAGCGUUCGAGAAACUGGUCCACGUACUGCAUGAUACCACUGACGAGGAGAAAGAUGCUGUGACUGAACACACCCAGAAUCUCUUAAGAGUGAUGAAAAAUCCCAGAGUCGCAAAUGUGAUGUUGUCUCCCAGUAGCAAAGAAGAUAUCGCAAUGGCUGCCAUCCUAAAAGUCCUGUUCCAUUUUUUGGAUUCAUAAAAUUCUUAUUCUGCUGUACUCAAACUAAUAAUUUUAUUGAUAACCUUUUUUUAUAUAUGUAAUAUUCUAUGAAUCAAUAUGUUAACCUGUGAUAAAAUUUGUUGCCACUCUGUAACAUUAAUGUUGUAUUCUAGUGGCAAGCAACAAUAAUUAUACAUAAUACAUUACAUAAUAGUAUACAGCAUGUAGUGUUGAGUAAACUCAAAUGAUAAUAACAAAAAACAUGCAUUUGAUAUAAAUUCAAUUCAUGAAAAUUAAGAAAAAUGUACGAUUUAAUGCAGUGUUGGCUCACAUCAGUGAAAUGAUUCCCUUGUAAAGUCAAGAAGAUAAAAUUGUAUGCAUGUCUUUACUCAAAUGUACGUUUUAUAAAUUUAAAAGUGCAUUAUACAAACAUUUAAAUUGUAUAAAUUGUUGAGAACGCCAAAUAUUGUGUGCAUACUCAAAAUCCAGUGUACCUUUCAUGAUACAAGGACCUCUUGAUACAGGAUCACCAGUUUCCGGAAUUUCAUAUCUUUGAACUUAACCAUCAAUUCUGCUGAAAUUAACCUGUGAAAUGCUCCUGUGAAUCUCAGAAAAAAAGUUAUAAGCCUUAACUGUUUCAGUGGAAAAUCCAACCGCUCUUUUAUUUUUACGGUAUUGGAUGCUGUACCACCGUAAGAAUGUAUAAGUUGCAGAAUCUUAAAAAUAUUCUUAUCUGUUUCAAACUAAUAUCUCUCAAACUGUGUGUUGUUUGAAAAAGGUACCCAAAACUUGGGUCUUGUUGUGUCGCUACCUUUUCUACUAACAAGAUUCUUGUGUGAAUGUUGCUCGAGUUCACCUUCCUCUUAGUACAGCAUCUGGAAUCUGUCACAGACUUGACUCCUGGAAUCUGGAGUCAAGUUCCAAUAGAAAACUCGGUUGCUCCACUGUACUUAGAGAUUGUGUCCAAAACAUUACAGUGCACUCAAUUGUGCUCCUGACAAUACAAUGAAAAUACCUCUUCACCUAGAUUACACUAUAUUUUGUAGUCUAGGUCUCACUGGUUUCAAAACGAUGUAAAGAGUUCAUUUUGAGCUUCUUUGUUACCGACUUUGUUUGAAUCUAUUCAAACAAACACUAAUUGGAAGGUGAACUGGAGCUGAACUCAACAUUCACAUUGGAAUCAACCCUUCCCAGCAAAGCUAUGUUAUGUGAAGAUUCUUAUCUGAUGCUUACAUCCUGUACACCAUCAUUGUAAGCAACAACACUCCAAAUGCUAGAUAAUUUAAUUACUCUUCACUUUUGAAUGUGAUAAAUUAUUAAUUUAGUAUAUAUUUUUGUAUAUUUAUAUUACUGUUAAAGAAAUGUUGUUACUGAAGUUGUAAAAUGAUCUCUGUUCCUGAAUAAAAGUAUAUUAUAGUUAAA